AUGGUGCUGACCGGCGUGGGGAGUGCGGUGGGUCGGCUGGCGAUGAGUUACUUCGAAGUCUGGUCGCAGUCACGCAAGGCGGAGGAUCGAGUCCCCAUCACGGUGGCUCCGUUUGGUUCUAUUAUUUGUGCCUUGUUGUCAACGGUGCUGUUCCUCGUGUUGCCCAAAGCCGCACUGCUGUUGCCGUACUUUAUUGCGUCAUUGGGUAACGGCUUCAGCGCCGCCACGGUUGUGUUGGUUGCCCGUACACUUUUUGCCAAGGACCAUGGCAAGCACUACAACUUCUUUUCCAUUGCUCCAAUGGGCUCCACAUUAUUAUUGAACCGUUUUAUGUACGGCGAGUGGUACACGCGUGAGGCGGAGAAGCAGGGCAGGAAGGUUUGCUUUGGCCGGGAAUGCGUGAUGAUGCCCUUUCUUUUAUUGAUUGGUAUCGGCUGCACCGCGUUUCUUUCUUGUGUUUACGUGCACUUGGAAUACAGCCGGUUCAGUCGUGCAGUGCUUGAGGAGCGGCGCCGUCUGAGGGAGGAGGCGGAGAAGAGGCGAGUAGAGGCCCAUCCAGGACGCUUCAAAUGCGCCGGAAGGGGGGACAGUGAGUGCAGGCAGCCUCCUAACAACGCCAACAAACGGCAACGGUGCGGCGCACUCAUAGUUUGA